AUGGAUACCUCGCGCGACUCCACCUUUCCCACGCCCUCAGGCGCAGCCGGCCGUGCACCUGCAGAGGGCAGACCCUGCAGAGGGCAGCCCCGCCCCGGCCGCUCCCUGAGGGCAGCGCUGAGGGCGGCCCGGAGCCCUGAGGGCGCUUCCCGGCGCCGGGGCCGCCCCUGCGCGGGCCUGCGGGCGCCCCCGAGGCGCGUGGCGCUGCCGCGUGACCCGGAGCGAGCGUCGCCAUUGGCCGCGGCAGCAGCGCGGGCUCGAGGCGGCCGCAGGGAGACGUCGCGUCCCGGCUGCGCCCGCAGUGCGGUCUCCUACUUCUGGAGACGCGCAGGUGGUGAAGAUGAGAGAGGGGCGACCUCUGAUGAAAAAGCAUUGAAAACAGUACAAGGAGUAGUGACAAGACUUUGCCAUGAUUAUGGGAUGAUAGAUGACACAAUAGUCUUCACAAAGGAUGUUGUUACAAAAAACAUGUUGCUGGCUGUUGGACAAGAAGUUAUUGCCACUGUGGAAGAGGAUAAAACAUCAGGCGGCCUGAAGGCUGUCAGGGUAAGAGAUCUUCCUAGUGAAUGGGAAGAUAUUACCCAAGAAGAGUCCAGUCCUACUUGUGAUGCCUCUGAACUAAAUCAGAAAACAUUAAUUGGCAAUAUUACCUCUCUCUCUGUGGAUGGUGGCUAUAUUAAUCAGAAUACAUACUUUGCAAUGCAAAACGUCUGGGAAGAUUUCAAACCUUGUGAAGGGGACUGGGUGCAAGCUAAAUAUUAUAUUAACUCGACAACAUGGAAGACUGAGGCAGUUGCUGUAAGGCCUUUGAGGUAUAAACAAGUAAACAAGGUUCGCAUUUCCAGCAUCUGUGGCAGAGCUGGGACAAUAGAUGACAGCAUAUUUUUCACUUUGGAUUCACUGAGACUUCCUGAUGGCUACCUACCUCGGAGAAAUGAUCUAGUGAACACGAUUGUGGUGGAGAGCAGCCAGUCCUGUUACAUUUGGAGAGCUCUCUGCUUGGUGCCAGUCAGCCAGGAUGGACAGUCUCACUCUAAUGAAGGUAAUGUGGAUGAACCUUAUGAAGACAUAAUGAGAGACAAAGGAGAGUUGAAAGUAUCAAGAAUGACUGACUUUGGAACUCUGAAGCAGGGUGAAUCUAAAAGAAUGAUGGUCUGGAUAGAGAAUAAAGGGAGCAUACCACAGUCCUUAAUCAGCUGCAGAUUAGCUGGAUGGGUGAAAGACAAGCAAUUCAGUAUUGAGAUUCCUCAAAACUGUGAAAGCAGUCCAUCUUUUCCAAUAAAUCAAGAAAACCUCUCAAAAGCUGCAAUUAAUUCAUUUAACAACAGUGAAGGAACAGCAUGUGAGUCAUUGAACCAUACAUCCAUUAUGAAGAAUGGAGUCAUUCCAGAAGGAAUUAAUUUUCAAGAUACGAAUUUAUCAAGGACAAAGGAAAACAAUUCCUUGGUGAAAGAUGAAAAUAUGCAAAAUGGAGAAACCACUGUAACAAAAGAAGAAGAAUUACUUAUAGCACCUGUACAACCUUAUUCUCCAGGAAAGCCUAAAAAUAUUCCAGAUUCUCAGCUAAGGAAGACAACAGUGGCUGCCCCUAAACAAAAAAGAAAUAAGAGAAGGUGGUGUUCAAACUUUCUCCCACAUUUUACCAUACCAGAUGAGUUAAGAAAAUGUGUGGAACAGCAAUUAGACAUACUGACCUUUCAGCCCCUCCUAGCAGAGCGUCUUAAUCUAGAUAAUUAUAAAGCAAACUUUUCUACUCUUUUAUGGCUUGAAGAGAUCAAAGCAGAAAUGGAUUUAAAAGAUUACUACAUGAGUGGGGUUACUUUAAAAAGGAAUGGGAACUUGUUAGUGCUGGAAGUGCCAGGAGUAGAAGAGGGCAGACCUCGCCUGAUUCCAGGUGAUAAGGUGAUACUGAAAAGUCAGGUCUACUCAGAUCAUAUAAUAGAGUACAUUGCCUAUGUCUCUGAGAUAUGUGAAGAAGAUGUUACUCUUAAGGUUAAUGCUGACUUUGAACGUGCUUACAACUUGGAGCCCAUGGAUGUGGAAUUUGUUCAUUGCAGUAUUCCUAGCAGGCGAUGCCAGUUGGCCAUUCAGCAAGCUGUGUACCUGGGUGAAAAAGUGUUAUUUCCAGAAAGGCUUGUGUUACAAUCACCACAAGCUAUAAGGACCCAGAAUGCUACAGAGUAUUGUGCUGUUGAUGAUGGCCUUAAACAACCUUCACAGCAGGAAAGUAAGAUCAGAAAAAAGCAGAACAAACAGACAAAAGCUGGUGAAACUGUGGCACUUAAACAGAGAGAAGGUGAAUUUUUCAAUCCUGUGCUGAAUGUGCAACAGAAGCUGGCAGUGAAAAGGAUACUGAGUGGUGAAUGUCGCCCAACACCUUAUCUUCUCUUUGGACCACCAGGAACUGGAAAAACAGUGACAGUAAUUGAAGCUAUUUUACAGAUACACUUUACUCUGCCAGACAGUCGGAUUUUGGUGUGUGCACCAUCAAAUGCUGCAACAGAUCUGAUUUGCUUGAGACUGCAUCAAAGCAAUCUCUUAAAACCAGGAACUAUGGUUCGAGUUAAUGCUGCCUUCAGGUCAGCAGAGCAAAUUGAUGACAUGGUGAAACCUUACUGCAAAGAUGGUGAUGAUAUUCAGAAGGCAUUGUGGUCCAGGAUUGUAAUUACAACAUGCAGCAGUGCAGGACUGUUUUAUCAAACAGAUACACGGCUUGGGCAUUUCACUCAUGUGAUUCUGGAUGAAGCAGGUCAAGCAAGUGAACCAGAGAGUCUCAUUCCUAUUGGGUUGAUUUCAGAAGCUGAUGGACAGAUAAUUCUCGUUGGAGAUCCGAAGCAAUUAGGGCCAGUAAUAAAAUCUAAACUUGCACAGUCUUUUGGAUUAAGUAUGUCCUUGCUAGAAAGACUGUCAUCAAGAGAGCUGUAUCUCAGAGAUGAGGAUGCUUUUGGUGCCUGUGGAGCAUACAAUCCUUUGUUGAUCACUAAACUCACAAAGAACUACAGGUCACAUUCUGCGUUGCUUGCCUUGCCAUCUAAAUUGUUUUAUCAUAAGGAGCUAGAAGUUUGUGCAGAUACUUCAGUAGUGACUUCUUUCUUGAAUUGGGAGAAAUUGCCCAGGAAGGGAUUUCCAUUAAUUUUUCAUGGAAUAAGGGGCAGUGAAACACGUGAAGGUCGCAGUCCUUCAUGGUUCAAUCCAGCCGAGGCCGUCCAAGUGAUGACGUACUGUUGCCAGCUGGCCAGAAGUGAAUACUCUGCAGUGCCAGUGACAGACAUUGGAGUGAUUGCACCAUACCGCAAACAGGUGGAAAAAAUUAGAUUUCUUCUCAGAAGUAUUGAUUUGGAAGACAUAAAGGUUGGCACAGUAGAAGAGUUUCAAGGGCAGGAAUACAUGGUUAUCAUCUUAUCAACAGUGCGAUCUCAGAAAAUGGUAAUUGAUGAUGAAAAACACUCUCUGGGCUUUCUCUGUAACCCAAAGAGAUUUAACGUAGCAAUUACUCGAGCAAAAGCUUUGCUGAUUGUCGUGGGAAAUCCUCACGUUCUUGUGAAAGAUCCCUGUUUUUGUGCACUGUUAGAAUACAGUUUAAUGAACAGAGUUUAUAUAGGUUGUGACCUGCCCACAGAGCUGGAACACCUGCACAAGUGUGACUAGUUUUUUGGUAUUCAAGAUGCAUUCAAGAGUUUGGUAUUCAUCUGUUUUGAAACUAAAAACACUUAUAAAAAAUUUACUCCUGAGCAGAUCAAGCACUUUUUGUCCUCAGGGAGAGGCACAUGUUCUGAAAUGGAUAGAAGUUUCUGCAAACAAGAUUUUUUUUUUUCUUUUAAGAAGUGAAAAAAUUGAAAUUAAUACUGUAAAGUAGUAGUGGCACCUUAUUAGCUUUUCUGUUUAAAAUGUGUAUUAAUGUGCCUCUGCAAAGAACAAUAUGCCUGAAUCCUCCAGACUUCAGGAGAAAAGUACUGAAGGACUCCUACAUCAGCUUUUCCAUAUUCCAUAAUUGUUUCAGCUUCUCAGUUUUCUCAGCCUUGUGUAGUGCCACCUAAAACUGGACUGUCCCAAGAACGUAAAUGUGUGUCAUUGUUGUGGGAGCAUUACAGUAAUGUAUGUUUGAUGUGAACUGGAAUGAUACAUUAAAUAUUUCCACUCAACUGGUACUGAGUACCUUAAGCCAAAACCCCACUUCCAGUUUUUAAGGCCUUUGUAAAUACAGCUGAGAUCACACAGGGUGUUCUUGCUUUCCACUGUAGUUUAGCCAUCUGCUGUGGUGCAUGUCAGAGCAAUGCCUUAAGUGGUGGGUUAAAGAAAAAAAAGAAAAUUAAAACUG